AUGUCAUUGUGGCCAUAUGUCCAAGGCCUCAACUACGUUGCAGCGACGCUCCUACUAGCAACGCAAGGCGUGCCGGAGGCCGAGGCGGAGGAGCGAGCCUUCUGGUUGCUUUAUGCAUUGUCUCACCACAUUGUACCCAACUACUACUCUGACAGUAUGGUCGAUGUCCGUGUUGACUGUCUCGUCUUUGAGGAACUGCUCAAUUGCGGAAAUUCUGCAUUUAUUUCGGCAAAUAAGGAGGAGUUCAUAAUCCACCUCAAUUGCUUGUCGCAAACUGAUGAAAAUUCUACAGGAAAGUUGGGUGUCGCGAAGAAGGCGCCGAGUAUCUACAAGACAUUGAAGAAUGCCCACGUGGAUUGUGUUGUUCUCGCCACCAAGUGGUUUAUCUGCUUAUUCGCUGAUGUUCUUCCCAUUGAAACUGUUUUGCGAAUAUUUGACAGUCUAUUCUACGAAGGUAAUAAAAUCCUCUUUCGAGCAUGCAUAGCUCUAGCAAAGCUACACACUCGAGAGAUACUCUACUGUCAACAAUUCCCCGAUGUCGUGCUCACCUUCCGAGAUAUAACUCAGGAUAAACAAACCCUCUACUGUCACGAAUUCCUCAAGGCUAUGUUCACCCUCCCUGGAUCUCUUUCACGGUCUCUAAUCCGCAAACUCCGGGGCGAAUGCCUGCAAACAGUCAAAGUCACAUUGGGCGAGUUAGAAGCACAAGAACGUAACUAUCGUGAGCGAAUGGCGCUGCAGAAUCAACAACAACAAAAAGAAGCUCAACAGAAGGACGAGGAGCAACCAACAAACGACUCCUACAGCGAAGAGGUCGAUGACAGUGACAAUGUAAAUGAGAUGUUGAAAUCCUCACGACACACACGCGACGUGGAGUCCUCGCCAUCCUUAAAUGCUCCAGCAAGCCAUGGCAACUUAUGA